UUUUACUCUCGGUGCCGAGGAGAAUCGGGCCUCUUCCGUCACCGAGCAUUUUGUAGGUUUCGAUCGUAGAAUUUGCUCACAGUAUCACACAAGUCGGGGCUAAUUUGUUUCGUCGGUAGUGGAGCGGAAGCCUCUUUCGCAGGGAAAGGCAGCAAAAUUAUGGCUUCUGCCUGUAUCCGUCAGAUGGCCUCUCUAUCACUUAGGAGUAGAGUAUUGGCUGUGCCAAGGGCAUUGAAGGUUGUGGGUUUUUCCUCGCCUUCUUUCACUCCUACCGUGAAGCCUUGGUGGAGACAGGCGUGUGAGCCACUCCGUGCAUCUUUCCAGCUUGCAGCUGUACCCAGGCCCAUGUUGACCGGAGGUAGGGGACAUUUCAGCGUUUUUUCUCAAGCUGUAACGACCACUGCCGAAAUGGAAGCUGAAGCUGAGACUGGCAUUGUUGCGAAGACAACCAUCCCUGAAUCUACCGAGCUUGCCCCUCCAGCCACAACGAAGACGAAAAAGCUAACGAAGCGUGUGAAGCACAUCAUGGAGAUUCUUGACAAGGAAGCUGUUGAAGUUGCCAACAAGGAGAAGUCUAUUCCUGAUAUUCGACCAGGAGAUGUUGUGCAACUGAGAGUGGAAGUGCCCGAGAACAAACGCAGGGUGUCUGUGUUGAGGGGUAUCGUCAUCGCCCGCCGCAAUGCAGGCAUCAACACCACCUUCAGGAUUAGGAGAGUUAUUGCGGGUGUCGGAGUCGAGAUGGUUUUUCCACUCUUCUCGCCUAACAUCAAGGAAAUCAAGGUGGUGGACAAGAGGAAAGUGCGUAGGGCAAAGCUCUUCUAUUUGAGAGACAAGAUUGCUCGCAUGUCUUCUUGCUAAUAAGACUAUCUCUUCCUAUUCUCCAAAUGUUUGCAGAGUAUGAUCCCCCCCCCCCCCCCCCUUUAGUGCAUUAGGUAGACCGUCUAAAUCUGGAAUGCACUUAUUCUCCCCAGAGAAUCGCACAUCUUUGUCAUAUAUCGAAAUGGGGGAAGAAAAGUGAAACACCCAUAUGCAAUAUUUGCUUCUCCGAGCUCUCGGUUUUUUUCCAUGUACUAAAGCCAGCACAAUUUUGGGUAAAGCCCGUGGCACAUGAAAUUCAAUUGCUAUCUAAAUAGUGGGCGGUA